UGGAACAGUUCGACGCGCACAAACGCGCUUCUUCCUGAGACAUAGAAGGAGAGAACUGCGAGCGGGAAAACGGGAAUAAAACCAAAUGGAAUAUUUCUGAAAUCUUCUGAGGGCUGCUUUGCAUUAAAUGCGGCAGAGUUUCUGUGAGAUUCGAGGAUUGAAUUUCUGGUAUCUGUUUCAGUUUAAGGAGAGGCGCUCAUUGCGCAGGAAAAAGCUGGACAAAUGCGUGUGCAAGUUGUGAUGAGUGCGCACCAGAGGGGGAAAAUGUUUUCCUGGCUGCUUCAACUCUGUGCAUUAUUUCAGUAUGCCGAGGAAACAACCUAACCUAUCGUCAAUGUGUUGAGCGCAUAUGGCAGGGUUGAAUUGAUGGACAGUACGGCGCAAGAGAGAUCAUGAAUUCAGAAUGGAUUCGACACAACUGACAACAGUUGACUACAACUCCACGGAGGGUAACAAUGUUACAAAGCCAUCCAAACCUCUCCCUCACACGGACCUGGCAGCGGCUUUUAUCAUCCUCGUCGUCACCGUCAUGGUUUUGGUCACUAUUGUUGGCAACGUUUUGGUUAUAGUAGCGGUUUUGACCAGCCGAGCUCUCCGUGCGCCACAAAACCUAUUCCUGGUGUCUCUCGCGUCGGCGGACAUCCUGGUGGCAACGCUGGUGAUCCCCUUCUCUUUAGCCAACGAGGUGAUGGGAUACUGGUACUUUGGGAGCACAUGGUGUGCUUUUUACUUGGCCUUGGAUGUCCUGUUUUGCACUUCAUCCAUCGUCCACCUGUGCGCCAUUAGUCUGGACAGGUACUGGUCGGUGACCAAAGCCGUGAGCUACAACCUAAAGAGGACACCGAAGCGCAUCAAGUCUAUGAUCGCUGUGGUGUGGGUCAUAUCGGCGGUCAUUUCCUUCCCCCCUCUGAUCAUGACCAAACAUGACGACGAGCAAGAGUGUUCGAUUAACGACGAGACUUGGUACAUUCUCUCCUCGUGCCUCGUGUCGUUUUUCGCGCCGGGAUUUAUCAUGAUCACAGUGUACUGUAAAAUAUACCGGGUUGCCAAACAGCGCUCCUCGACUGUGUUUGUUGCUCGCAACGGGCUGGAGAGGAACCCCUCGCAGUCGGAGACUUGUUUUGUUCGAAAGGAUAAGUUUGAGGUGGAGAGCCCCAGCAGCCACAGCUCGGGGAGUAACCAGCACCAGGAGGAGCUGGAUGACAUAGACUUGGAGGAGAGCUGUGCGUCGGACAGCAAGCCCAAGGGCUCUCGCUUCUCCAAGCGGGGGAAGGUGGAGGGAGCCCAGCGCUGCCCCAAACAAAACUGUCGCGUGUCUUGGGCUUCCAAUCGCCCAGGCCAAAUAAAUGAGCAGAACAACAGCAGACAGUCCGUGUCCAAAAACAAAGUAGCGCAGAUGCGAGAGAAACGCUUCACGUUUGUGCUGGCCGUGGUCAUGGGAGUUUUUGUCCUGUGCUGGUUCCCAUUCUUCUUUACCUACAGCCUUCUUGCUAUAUGCAGGGAGAAAUGCACCAUUCCCAGAGCGCUGUUCGAUGUGUUCUUUUGGAUAGGUUACUGUAACAGUUCAGUCAACCCAAUUAUAUACACAGUCUUCAAUAGAGACUUUCGGAAAGCGUUCAAGAAAAUAAUUGGUAUAAGUAAAAAGCGCACAUAAUGCCUCUCAUGUAUCUAGAUGUGUAAAAUAUUUUAUGGAAAAGUGAGUGUAUGUAACUGUUUACAUUGGUUGUGGGCGGACCAGAGAUGGGAGAUUACGUUACAUGUUAAUUUCUUAUCUGAGGAAAUAAUGUUCAAAUUAUUGUUAAAUAUUUGGAUAGGCCUAUAUGCGAUUUUUAUGAACGU